UUUUAACACAACUCUCCAUAAUAUCUUAGAGUGACCAUGAAGAGUUGGUUGGAGGCCAGCGGCAUGGAAGAUGGCUCCCUGUCCUGCAUGCUGGCGGAACCACGAGAAGCCUUACUGCCUAUCACCAGCAGAGAAAACUUAGCUCCGAGGAAACGGGACAGAACAUUAGAGCCUUGCGCUAUUUCUGAAGAGGCUUACCUAUCAAGUGGAGCUGGUUCGCCUUGCGCUGGUCUUUCCCGCGAAGAGAGACGUAGAAGACGCCGGGCCACUCUCAAGUACAGAACGGCCCAUGCCACCAGAGAAAGGAUCAGAGUCGAAGCAUUUAACGCUGCCUUCGCCGCCCUCAGAAGACUCCUACCAACCUUGCCACCAGACAAAAAGCUUUCGAAAAUCGAAAUUCUCCGAUUAGCCAUUUGUUAUAUAGCUUAUCUGAAUCACGUGUUGGAUGCGUAAGUAUUGUACUAUUGAUAAAGGCAAAUACCUCAUUUAUUAGAUAUCGUUUUUUAUCGCCAUAUUGUAAUUGUCUCUAGCCUGUUCCAUAUAGGCUUAGGAGCUCUUUGCUUGGAAAUGUGUGAAUGUAUUUUGACUUUAUUUGUUAAAAGAAGAAGAAGUAAUGAAUCAAUCCCAAGGCAAUAUGUCAUGUUGAUAUCGAAAAACGAUACCUUUUUUGCUCAAGGGGUCUUUAUUUAGGUACCAAGACAUUUGUGAUGUGCGUUUCUAUUU